AGCCAUGGGCGAGUGGACGAUCCUGGAGCGGCUGCUGGAGGCGGCGGUGCAGCAGCACUCCACCAUGAUCGGCAGGAUUCUCCUGACAAUGGUGGUGAUUUUCCACAUCCUGAUCGUGGCCAUCGUGGGCGAAACCGUUUACGAAGACGAAUAAACCAUGGUCAUGUGCAAUAACGACAAUAACGACAAUAUCAAUGACAAUAAUGACAAUAUUGACAAUAUCAAUAACCAUAAUGAUAAUAUAACUAAUUUUUCCCCAUUUUUGAAGGAUUCUGCUGACAGUUGUGGUGAUUUUCCGCAUCCUCAUCAUGGCCAUCGUUGGAAAAACCGUUUACGAAGACGAAUAAACCAUGGUCAUGUGCAAUAACGACAAUAACGACAAUAAUGAUAAUUUAACUCAUUUUUUCCUGAUUUCCCCAGAAUUCUGCUGACAGUUGUGGUGAUUUUCCGCAUCCUCAUCGUGGCCAUCGUGGGCGAGACCGUCUACGAGGACGAACAGACCAUGUUCAUGUGCAACACGCUGCAGCCCGGCUGCAACCAGGCGUGCUACGACAAGGCGUUCCCCAUCUCGCACAUCCGCUACUGGGUGUUCCAGAUCAUCCUGGUGUGCACCCCCAGCCUCUGCUUCAUCACCUACUCGGUGCACCAGGCGGCCAAGCAGCGCGAGCGGCGGUUUUCGUUCCUCUAUCCGCUCCUGGAGGCCAAGAAAGCCAAACCCAACGGGGCCUUGGCGGCCGAGGCGGGGAAGGACGAGGCGGAGGCGGCGCGGCCGCCGCGGAGCGGGAGGGCCAAGAGGCAGGAGGGGAUCUCCAGGUUUUAUGUGAUACAGGUUGUCUUCAGAAACGCCCUGGAAAUCGGAUUUCUGGGCGGCCAAUACUUCCUCUACGGCUUCAACGUCCCGGCCAUCUUCGAGUGCGACCGCUACCCGUGCGUCAAGGAGGUGGAGUGCUACGUGUCGCGGCCCACGGAAAAAACCGUGUUCUUGGUCUUCAUGUUCGCCGUGUCCGGCGUCUGCGUCCUGCUCAACCUGGCCGAGCUCAACCACCUGGGCUGGCGCAAGGUGCGCGCCGCCGUGCGGGGAGCGCGGGCCCGCAGGAAAUCCCUGGCUGGGGAGGGGAAGAAACCUGGCACGGCGACGGGGAUGGGGACGGGGACGGUGCCGGCGUUGGGUAGGACCCAGUCCAGUGAGUCGGCCUAUGUGUGAUUUGGGGUUAAAGUUGGGAUUUGGGGUUAAAAUUGGGAUUUGGGAUGGGAUUUAGGGUCAGGAUUGAGAUUGGGGUCAGGAAUUGGCAGGACCCAGUCCAGUGAGUCGGCCUACGUGUGAUUUGGGGUCAAAAUUGGGAUCAAGAUUGGGAUUUGGGGCUAAAAUUGGGAUCAAGAUUAGGAUUUGGGGUCAGGGAUGAUCAGGACCCAAUCCAGCGAGUCGGCCUACGUGUGAUUUGGGACUGGGAUCUGGGAUUUGGGGUCAGGAUUAGGGCCAAGACUGAGAUUGGGGUCAGGGAUGGGUAGGACCCAGUCCAGUGAGUUGGCCUACGUGUGAUUUGGGGUUAAAGUUGGGAUCAAGAUUGGGAUUUGGGGUCAAAAUUGGGAUCAAGAUUGGGAUUUGGGAUGGGAUUUGGGGUCA